AAAAUAUAGAAAAUAUAUUUUAUUUAAACAACGAAUUGACUCACAAUGAGCUCGACUCGUUUUGCGCGCUCUGGGCGCGUUCGCAUCUGUAUUCUGAUGAGCAUGUUCGUGGUGCUCAUCAUGAUGAUUGUCAUUUACCAAAUGUCUCAACAUCAAUUGGACGAGAGCCGAGCCUUUCAGGAGGGCCUGAACGUUCAGAUGCAAUCCUUAACAGCUGAGAAACUGACAGCCGAGAAGAGGAUGAAUGUUCUGCGCACGGAAAAGGAGAGGUACGAGAAUCAACUAGCGGAGUCCAUACAAAAGCAACAGGAGACGGAGCGUGCCCUGCAGGAGAAGUUUGAUGGCGAGCUGGAAAAGUACAAGCUGCUGGAGUUCAAAUAUUCCGAGCUGGAGGGGGAUUGUGUCAAGAGCAAGAAGAAGCACCUCGAAGAUACGAAUUCAUUCGAUCAGAAGCUGAAAAAACUGUUGGCGGAUGUUCAUAAAGAUAAGGCUUCUAAGGAGCAUGAAGUUGCCGAAUGGAAGAAAAAGCAUGAUAGGUUGCAACGGGAGUCGGAGCACAAGAUUCAUGCCCUUGAGGCUACUCUGACCGAAUACAAAGGCAACUGCCACUACAUACCAAAAGUACAGCCCGCAGAGGCACCAGCACAGAAUGGCAUUCAACAGCAGUUGAACAAGCCCGCAGAAAUUACACCGACCACGCGUCACUCCAGUCCCUCGCAUCAGGCGCACAGCAUUGACAAGCCGCGCAACGAUAAAUCCUUUAACGCGCAAAUGCAAGUGAGUGAAGGCCUCUACAGGAUUGGCGGCGGGGUAAAUCUUCUACCAACUAACCAAAACCAAACCACUUACAAUACUAACACUCCAACUAAUCGAACUGGUGCCAGCGGCGAUGUGGAGCAGCAGCAGGAGCAGUUACCACUCUUGCCCUUUGCCGUGCGCAACAAUCACAGUCUGAUACUAAACUCUGUCGAAAAUUUUCAGAUUGUACCCAAAUCGCUUACUGAAAAGCAGCAGCAAGAAGAGCCCCAGCUAGCCGGCGGACCCGUCUCGCCCCUGAGUGCUCCGCGCAAGAGCAGCAGCACUGCGGGCGCUGUUGUCAAGAGUGCUGACGAUGCUCCGAAUGCUUCAGUUGCUCCCAGGCUCAGCAGCAGCAGUAGCGGACUUCCCCCGCUGGCUCUGCCACCGGCCAAGCCAGAGCGCAAGCUUCCGGAGAAUGUGGCUCCCAUACCCGAAAACUUUGAGGACAACAAAGUGGAAGCCAAGGACGAUGCAGUUGACGUAGACACAGCGGCCGAGGAGCUGCCCAAAAAUGAGAACAACAACCGCUAUGCUAAUGUUGUGAAUGAUCUCGAGAACAACAAGAACUUGGGCGUGGCCCCCAAACCCAUUGAGGACUCGGGUGCACACGAAGUCAAAGAUGCCAUGAACGAGCCCAGCUUCAAUUUGCCUGCAGCCGGGCAAAACCUCUUCGACGGGGAGCUGCCAGCGCCAGGGCCUGGACCGGCAGCCGAUGAUGCUGUCAAGCAGUUGGCCGAAGCAGCCGGCGGUGGUGAGGGCGACGACGAUGAUGACGUCGGCGAUGUGGCUGUGAAGCAGCCGCAGCAUUUGCUCGAUACGGACAAUUUGAAUAACGAGAUAGCGGCCGACCAAGGGAAAGAGUUUGCCGAGGGCAUACAUCUCGAGGAUGCCAUGGAUGAGGAUCAAGAUGAGGACGACUACUCCAACGUGGCGCGUAAGAAGGGAGGCGAAGCCAUUAGAAAUUAAGCGUCAAACUAGGUUUAAAGCGGCAUUUGUGCAAGGGAUUGGCCUCCUUUUUUAUGUUUAAGUCGUGUUCGCACAGAGCAUUGAACAAAUUUCCAGAAGAAAACACGAAGAAUUCCCCUACAAAUCGGAUCAACGAAUACACGGAUUAUGUAUUAUAAUUGAGGACUAGAGUAAUCGAUUUCUAGUGUCAGCACGCCGCCCUAAGGAUUAGACCUACUUAGUGCAUAAGUAACGUUCAGUCUCAUCAUUAUCAUUAUAUUUUUACAGACUGGGUUCUGUUCAGCUUUAAAACGCAUGUGUCACAAAAAGAUAUGUAGCUGCAUUCUCUUUUUUACCUAUAAAAAUUCUUAAAUGAA